ACAAUGGCGUCGCCCGCGGCGGCGCAGUACACUCGUCCGGCGCGAUCGAGCCCGUAGCCCCCGUACGCGGCCGGGGAUCGUCGCAGAGGCGCAUGAGCCUCUAACGGAAGAUCUCGAUCGGAACCUGCAGCCUUCUCCUGCCCGAUCGAGAUGAUGGACGUGGAGACGGGCGCCCGCGCGGCGGCGCCGCCGGCGCCGGAAGCGGACGUGAAGACGGACGCCAGCGCGGCUGCGGCGCCGCCGCCGCCGCCGGAAGCGGAUGCGGACGCGGCGUGGAAGGCUCCGGCGGCGAUGGUGCUGGUGCAGCUGUUCAACACGGGGAUGGUGCUGCUGUCCAAGGCGGCCAUCGGCGGCGGCAUGUUCGUCCUCGUGCUCCUCGCCUACCGCGGCAUCUUCGGCGCCGUCAUCAUCCUCCCCCUCGUGCUCCUCCUGGAGAGAGGGAAGUGGAAAGAAAUGGACUGGCGCGCCGCUGGAUGGAUCUUCCUUAAUGCACUCAUCGGAUAUGCGGUACCAAUGAGCAUAUACUUCUAUGGGCUACGCGACACAACGGCAUCCUACGCCAUCAUAUUCCUGAACAUGAUUCCUCUAACAACCUUCAUCCUCUCCUUGCUCCUCAGAAUGGAGGCACUGCACAUCAGAACCAUGGCAGGAUCGCUUAAGGUUGCCGGAGUCUUGCUCUCCGUCGGCGGCACAAUGAUCAUCAGCCUUUACAAGGGAGAGAUUUUGCAUCUCUGGAAUCCUAUCCUUCACCUUCGCAGUGAAGAGCAUGUGGGUGUCGCAAGGCAUCAGCUGCGGGGAACGUUCUUGUUGGCAGGCAGCACCUUCAUGUUUGCUUGCUGGUAUCUAAUUCAGUCCAAGAUUCUCAAGGUGUAUCCAUACAAAUACUGGUCAUCCAUGGCGACGUGCUUGGUUGGAGGGUUUCAGACAGCACUUGCAGGAGUCAUAGUGAGGAGGGACGUGAACGCCUGGAAGAUAGGAUGGGACAUAAACCUUCUGACCAUUGUGUACUCGGGGGCACUCGCAACUGCUGGAAAAUAUAGCUUGAACUCGUGGGCUGUGGCUAAGAAAGGACCGUCAUAUCCUCCCAUGUUCAUGCCAUUGUCUGUAGUCUUUACUGUUGUGCUGGGCUCCAUUUUCUUAGGCGACGACAUCACCGUGGGAAGCCUCAUUGGGACAACUCUGGUGAUUGUUGGGACCUACAUCUUCCUCUGGGCCAAAGCAAACGAGCUACCUAAAAAGUAAAGUUGCGACGGUACGAACUUAUCGAAAGUCACAGAAUAGAUACUGUUUGUUUCAAUGGCGGAUCCAGCAACUUUGAUGAAUAUGGACGCAUCAGUUCUACAUCUCUACGCAUGGUGUUACCUAACAACCAGCGUCUAGAUAUUGAAGAAGCUAACUGAGCCAGCGGCAGGAGAAGCCUGGGCGGACGCCCGGGGUCACCGGGCCCUAGGUCGUUUGCCCCUAGUUUGUAUUGUGCAUCAUUUGUUUUCUCCACUGUGGGCAGCGCCCGAAUUUCAUUCAAUACCAGAAAGUAACGAAAUUACAUGUCUA